AAGAUGUCGUCCAAUGAUAUUGGCUUAAUGCCAUAUGGUGAACCCCAGUUAGAAGAUGAACAAAAACAACAAGAAAGUUUGACCAUUCCUAAUGAAAAUAUGAAAAGGGGAAUUGAAAUAACUGAAGACCAAAACAAUAUUAAGAGUCCUAAAGGGGAUAGAAUUAAUGAGUAUUGUAAUUACACUCCACUUAAACCAAAGAAAAAAGGCAGACCAAAAGGAAAACCAAAGAGGAAAGCUUCGAAUUUUAUGACACCACCAAAAAAGUCUUUAAUUAGAAAUCAGAGAGCUAACCCUGAAACAUGGAAGAAGAAUAUUAGGAAAAAACUGAGACUUUCAGGAAAAGAGUAUAUUUCAGCAAAAGGAAAAGUUGUUGAAGAAAAAAAAGUGAAAUCUGUAGACUGUUCAAAAUGCACUUAUAAAUGUAAUUUAGGUAUCGAUGAGGAGCAUAGGCAGCAAAUUUUCACAACAUUUUGGUCUCUAGAUACAGACGCCAGAAAGAAAGAUUUUAUCAUCGCUACCCUGCUUUCCUGA